AUGUUUUACUUUGUACGAGUCUUAUAUUUAAAUUUAUUACUGUCCACAUCUACUGUUGAUAUUCUUUACGAAGAUAUUAAAAAUCUUGAUAAUGAACUAGAACAGUUUAUAAACGACGAUUCUAACCCAAUUAAUAAGAAUAAUAAUGACGACUCUAAAGACAAUGAUAUAGAAUUUAUAAGAAAUAUUAUUAAAUCAGAGUCUUUUUUCAAUUUUUUAAUAAUAGACCUUUAUGAAGAUGUUUAUAAAAAAGAAAGGCUUGAUUGUUCUCUUAAAACACUCUUGUCAUUAAUUCAACAAGAUAUUCUAUUAUUUAAUUUAUCUUAA